AGUCUUUGAUCGACUUCUUCGCUUCUUCCCCUUUGAGAGAGUACGUCAGGUUCCGAUUUCUUCAGAGAUUGUCAAUGGAUAAAUCCCAAAUACUGCUAUUAGGGUUACCCAUCUUCCUAUUCGUCUCAGACAUUUUAAAUCUCUUCACAGUUCCACCACCACCUCCCUCAAAACCCCAUCAUCACCAUGUUCCUAGCCCCCCCACCAACAAAAUCAUCAAUCAAUUCCAACCCAAUCCCACUCAUCUUCCCCAACAACACCAACCCCUUCAAUUCCCAUCUCAGAAAUCAUCGAAUGUGUUAGGAGAUGGUAUCAGUAUCGGCCUUGGGAGCACUGUUAGCAUCGACUUCUGUGCUUCUUGUUCUUACAAAGGAAUGGCUGUGACAAUGAAAAACAUGCUAGAAACACAAUUUCCUGGGAUUAAUAUCGUUUUGGCAAACUAUCCUCCUCCCCUUCCGAAGCGUGUACUGAGCAAAAUUGUUCCCGUUGUUCAAUUCGGAGUCAUAGGAAUUAUAACUGCAGGUGAACAUAUUUUUCCACGGCUAGGAUUUGCAGUUCCACCUCCUUGGUACUACUCUUUACGCGCAAACAGAUUUGGAAGUAUAGCAAGCACUUGGCUCUUUGGGAACUUCAUCCAAUCCUUCCUCCAGAGUUCUGGCGCUUUUGAAGUAUAUUGCAAUGGUGUAUUGGUUUUCUCCAAGCUGGCAGAAAAUAGGUUCCCGGGUGAAAUUGAGUUGAAGGAUCUCGUUGGGCAAAAACUUGCUAGUGCAAGGAUGGUUCAUGGCGAUGCAGGUGGCUGGUGAUAGAAUUCUGACUAAUAUGGCAAUUUUUCCUGUUUGUAACAUCUGCUUCCGUACAUUUUCAUGCCCGACAUUAAUUUUGGAAAGAACAUUCACAUCUUCUCAAAGAUUAGUUGUAUUUUUCUCGUAACUCCCUCUCAUGUGCUAGGUCCAGUGAUGCUCUUAACAUACAUACAACACAAAAGUGUUGCAGAUAAUAGAAUAUGUUUAUUGGACUUUUUUUUCUA